UCACUCGCGCCCGAAUAUCAUCAACGAAUGUACAGCCAAUGUCACACCCUAGACAGCCCAAGCGAAGAGUGAGCUUGAAGCAGCGCGGGUUGGGCACUUGGCCAGACGACAAACUCAGGCAAAUCGAUCAAGCAGCAUGGGCAACUGCAGCAGCCUAUGCCCUCGUCGAACAGAUCUGGGAGACCAAAGCGUUCUGCGAAUCAGGCGACGAAGAGAGCUCGUCUUCAUCUGAUGCUGCCUCUUCUAGCAGUGGGCAAAAGUCAAAGGCCACAUCACGCGGUAGGCCAAGACAGACAGAGACACAAAUACAGCCCUCGCCUUCUGAUCCGGAGAGACGUUCAGCCACGCCAGCGCGUCAGAUCACGCCACUGAGGAGACGGAUCGUGCUCGACAGUCCAUCCACGUCCGACGACGACGACGCGCCAGGCACAAACGGACACACGCGCAAGAGUACGCCUGCCGUUCAUGGCUACACCCCUCCACCGCUGUCAGCAGCGCAAACGCCCGCUCUGUCAGAAACAUCUUUGCCUGAUGUGCAAGCAGAUGGUCCAGCCGAAGCCACUCGCGCUGACUAUGUCGAAAUGAUAACGGCCAGUGCAGAGCUCUACAACUUACCGGUUGCGAAAGCUGCCUCUCUCUGGUGGGCAUGCGGCGGGAACGCGACGACGAUGAAGUCGAUACAAGGCGCCAUAGAUGCUAAUCUGCCCGCCGUCGCUCCGACCUCAUGGGAUGCUUUCCUGCGGAUGCUCUGCUGGACGAGCGCAGACGAUCUCGCCGCAUUGGAAGCCGUCGGCCUGGUGACCUCGCUCGAAGAGACCCAGGAUACCCAGCUCGUCAACGAACUCAGGAAUCGAAAGUCGGAUGGCGGGAUUGACGAGAGGGCUCACUUCCUGCAGAAAUACGACUGGCUUCUCUCCUCGAACGCUCAGGCAGGCUACCCCUUUGUUUUAUGACUGUUGCAAUCUACUGUUUUCCUUUGUAGUAACUCAAGAUGAGCGCUUCUUGUCUUGCUCUGCAGCCUCCUUGAAUAUCUUUUCGAUGCUCUUCCAGACCGUCUCGGGUUUCUGGGCAGCGUCAACACCGUGCCAGACGCCUUUUUUUCUUGUAGUACUCUGCGACAGGGCCAGUCUGCUUGUGAUAAGUCGAGAGGCGGUUCCUCAGCGUUUCCGCAUUGUCGUCACUGCGCUG